AAACAUCCACUGUCAACUGAUUUGGUAUGCAGCAUAACUUGUGCAUUAUUUUUAUUAUUUUAAAUCUCAUGGUGAAUAAUUUGCGUUCUACAGUCAUUUAACUGUCCGUUUUUCGUGAUUUAGAAAAUUCAAGACCAAUAAUAAACAAGACAAUAUAUAUAUAUAUAGUGUUGUAUACUGACAAAUAUGUGGCACGUAGCAUUAUGUUUAAUUUGCGUUGCACUUUGCACAUUUUCUACGGAAUUACCGGUGGAUUUAGCAAUGUGGAAGGCUAAUAUCAUUCCUAAUAUUAUUCCUUUUGCUCCUCUUGCUAGAUUAAGAGCUAGAUUUCCAAGCGGAAAAAAAGUAAAUAAUGGGAACUACAUUUCUGCACACGAUGCUCAGGGCGUACCUGAUGUCACUUGGGAUGGAAGUUCAUCAUCGUUCUAUACAUUGGCAUUGAUUAAUGCGGGUGAAUUUCAACAGGAGAAUGACGGCAUAUUACCAUUUCGAAAAUGGUUUGUUAUAAAUAUACCUGGUGAUGAUGUUUCAAAGGGAACAAUUAUAAACCCAUUCGUGGAAAGUACUACAGACGAAUAUACAGGUAAAUGGACAUUUCAUCGUUACGUGUUUUUGGUGUACUUCCAACCCAGACCAAUCGAUAUUGAAGAUCAACUCCAAUAUUUGAAUGACCUUGGUGAUCGUUUUGGAUUUUCAAUAGCAGAUUUUUUUUUCCGCUAUAAUUUGACCCGACCUUCAUAUGGUAACUUUUAUAUAACCGAAUCUAUGGAUAUAUUCGAUUUGACUAAGUAUUACACCAAAAAGCAAAUAUGGGAGCAUUAUUCUCCGAAGGAUCAGCCUAAGGAGACUAAUUCUCAAGAGCCAAAUUCUCAAGAGUUAAAUUCUCAAGAGCUAAAUUCUCAAGAGCCAAAUUCUCAAGAAUCAAAUUCUCAAGAACCAAAUUCUCAAGAGCCAAAUUCUCAAGAGCCAAAUUCUCAAGAAUCAAAUUCUCAAGAGCCAAAUUCUCAAGAGCCAAAUUCUCAAGAGCCAAGUACUCAAGAUCCAAAUUAUCAAGAGAAAUAUAGUUAUGAGUUAAGUAGUUCUAUGGAGUUUCAAUAUUAAUACUUGUUUUUUUUAUCUUUCCGCUAAUGUUCAAACUGUAAGAGCAGAACUGCAGUUAUAGAAACGAAAUUUCACGUGUUUAUAAUUCACUUAAAACUCAAUUAAAAGUUUUAAAUUUAUGCGCAAAUGAGAUAUGUCCUAAUGUGGUGUAUACAUUAUUACAAAUAUUAGAGCUUAUUGUUACAGCUGAACCAGAAAGGAUUUUUUAUGCUUAAAACUCUUGAAAACAUAUUUAAAAAAUACAAUGAUUGAGGAAAACA